AUGGAGUCCGCCGCGGCCGCCGUCGUCUCCCGCCUCCUCGGCCCUCCGCUGAUCCGGGCGGCCCGUCCGCCGCACGACGCCGCCGGCGACGGCGCGGCCGCCUCGCACCCAUUCCUUGAACUACUCGACGCCGCCUUCAACGACCCUCCUCCUCCUGCUCCUCCUGCCGCGUCUCCAUCGAAGCCGCGCAAAGCCCGCACCGAGAACAACUCCGCCACCUACGCCAACUCCGGGAGCCCCUGCCUCGACUUCUUCUUCCAGGUCGUCCCCAACACGCCCGCGGACCGCGUCCGUCAGCUCCUCGCCGCCGCGUGGGCCCACGACCCGCUCACCGCGCUCAAGCUCGUCUGCAACCUCCGCGGCGUCCGCGGCACCGGCAAGUCCGACAAGGAGGGGUUCUACGCCGCCGCGCUGUGGAUGCACGAGCAGCACCCCAGGACGCUCGCCUGCAACGUCGCCGCCCUCGCUGAGUUCGGUUACCUCAAGGACUUCCCCGAGCUGCUAUUCCGCCUGAUCCUCGGCGCCGACGUGCGCAAGCUCGCCAAGGACAAGGCGGCGGCCGACAAGAUUCGCAAGGCCAUGGAAAGGACCAUAGUGGCCGGACGGAAGCGCAGCCGAGGCCACGCCCUCGGUCGCGGCGGCAUCGUCGGCCCCAUGGCGUUCAAGCCCCUGCUCUCCGACUUCGUCUCCGCCGCGCUCUCCAAAACCAAGAGCAAGCCCAAGGCCGAGACAAGCAGCAGCAAUCGCGACGCGAGAAUGGAUAUUGAGGAGCCUGAAGUGGCGGCGCAGCCCGUCGCCAUGGAUGUGGACGUGGACGGGGAGAAGAAGGAGGUGGACGCGAAGCCGGAGAAGAAGAAGGUCUCCAAGAAGGCCCGGAAGAUGGGCAAGCUCGCCGUGCAGUCGCUGGAGAAGUACUACGGCGACCACGCCUACCGCUUCCUGUUCGACUGCGUCGCGGAGUUCUUCGCCCAGCUUCUCGCCUCCGAUCUCGAGCAGCUGGCCCCCGGUGUCAAGCGGAGGAAGAUCGGGCUCGCCGCCAAGUGGUGUCCUACACCGGGAUCAUCGCUUGACCAGACGACGCUGCUCUGCGAGGCCAUCGCAAGCCGCCUCUUCCCGCGCGACUCCAGCCCCGACUACGCCCAGCUCUCUGAGGAGCACUACGCCUACACCGUCCUCCGCCGCCUCCGUCGGGAAGCGCUGGUGCCGCUGCGCGACGUCCUCCAGCUUCCCGAGGUGUACAUGAGCGCCGGGCGAUGGGCCGAGCUGCCCUACACUCGCGUCGCCUCCGUGGCCAUGAGGCGCUACAAGGCCCUGUUCAAGAAGCACGACGAGGAGCGCUUCGGGAAGUACCUCGCCGACGUCGAGGAGGGCAAGGCCAAGAUCGCGGCCGGCGCGCUCCUGCCGCACGAGAUCGCCGCCUCCGCCAUGCGCGGCGGCCUGGAGGACCACGUGUCCGAGCUGCAGUGGCGCCGCAUGGUGGACGACCUCCGCGCCAAGGGCUCCCUGCGCAACUGCAUCGCCGUGUGCGACGUGUCCGGGAGCAUGACGGGCACGCCGAUGGAGGUGUGCGUGGCGCUGGGCGUGCUCACGUCGGAGCUCAGCGAGAAGCCGUGGGCGGGGAGGGUGAUCACGUUCAGCAGGACGCCGCAGAUCCACACCAUCAAGGGCAAAACCCUCACGGAGAAGCUGCGUUUCGUGCAGGAAAUGGAUUGGGGCAUGAACACCAACUUCCAGGCGGUGUUCGACCGGAUCCUCCGUACCGCCGUGGACGGCCAGCUGCCGCCGGAGAAGAUGAUCAGGACCGUGUUCGUGUUCAGCGACAUGGAGUUCGACCAGGCGUCGGCCAGCCGGCACUGGGAGACCGACUACGAGGCCAUCUGCAGGAAGUUCAUGGCCGCCGGCUACGGCGACGUGGUGCCGCAGAUCGUGUUCUGGAACCUGCGCGACUCGACGUCGACGCCGGUGACGUCGACGCAGCCAGGGGUGGCCAUGGUGAGCGGCUUCUCCAAGAACCUCCUCAAGAUCUUCCUGCAGAACGAUGGCGUGGUGAACCCAGAGGCGGUCAUGGAGGCGGCCAUCGCCGGCGAGGAGUACCAGAAGCUUGUAGUGUUCGAUUAGCGUGAAUCGUAUCUCAGUCUGUUGAAUCUAGCUAUAUUCCAGUACGGGGAUGGAUUGAGUUUUUGCGUUGCAACUUUUGAUUCCCUCCCUCUUUCCGAAUUUUACUGUACCUAUCUCAAAUUGAGCUUCAUGCAACUCACCAUUGAUAAUACUCAUCAAUGAGUUUUCAGAAAAGAAACCGAGGAAAUUUUUACUUCGUUGGUAUCGUUGGGGAAGUU